AUCCCAGUACACUCUCACAAUCUUUAUUAAUUCUUUUUAAAUAAAAAAAAAUUUAUAAAUUAAAUACAAAUAUUGAUUCCUGAAGAAUUAGUGGGUGCUUUCAAGAAAAAGGAAGAAAUAAUGCAUAGCCAAGUAUCUUAGAGUUAGUGGAGGUUUUGAUACCUUUCUUUAUCCAAUAAUUUACUUUCACUGCUCUGCUAUGAGAUUCCUUUCGGAUCUUAUAUGUUGCUUUUGCAUCGACCCCGCACAUAAGUUGUUGCUACCACCAAGUACUCCUCCGCGAACGGCGGAGACACUCAGCCUUGUACCCAUGUCUUGUGGUGAGAACAAACAACACGGCCGGCGCGGCAAGUUAGGAGGGAGGAACUUGGCACCGGCAGCACAGUGGAGGCCUUCACUGUGCACGAUUUCGGAGGAUGAUGUUGUCAAGGUAGUAGUAGCAGAGAAAGAAAAAAGCAGCACUGCAAGACCACGCAACAAAGUGAAUGAGAAGUUGGGAUCAAAGACUAAUUUGCAGUAUUAUUAUAGGCAUCAAAUUCACUAUGAGCCAAGCAUUCCCACAUUCUCCCCAGGAGCUUUCAUAUUCUAAUGGGAUCUUUCUUUUUCUUUUUCUUUUUGAGCUUAUUGUAUUCUCAUGAACGUGUACAAAUUUGCUUGUGGUGAAAGGUUGAGGGGCUUCCCAGAUGCUGGGAAUCCUCUUCUAUGUAUCAUUGAUAUCAAAGUAAUUACUUCUUGGUUGUA